AUGGACAUGAAGAAGAUCUCAAUUGCCAUCAUCUUCAUUGCUGCCUUGAUGAGUGUUGUCUUGGCAGCUGAGAAGAAGGAAUCCCCCAAGGCUGCUGCUCCCAAGGCUGCUGCCCCUGCCCCGGCAAGCGGAGCCACCGCCACCACCUUUUCGGUUGUUGGGUCUUUGGCUGGUGCCUUAAUUUUUGCUUUCUUUGGCUAUUACCUUCAGUAA